AUGCCGGACAACCAGGUAUUUCCUUUCCUCACGCUACCUCCUGAAAUACGCGUCACGGUCUACAACUACGCGUUUUCGGAUUUGGGGGUUCUUCGCUCAGCUGCAGAAAUUGUCUCGACCAAUGACGAAUACAUCCACAAAGUACGGUCCUACCCGAGAAUUCUGACUUUUGCGAGCUGGUGUUGGUUCCUUCGACCUGGGCAAACUCACGCACACCGUACACAUACAGAGCAAGAUUUCAUCGUUCAGCUUUCAAAUAAGGACGCUGUACCCAUCUUGAGAACAUGCCAAUUGGUCUUCCAAGAAGCAGCACCAAUCCUCUAUCAGACAAGUGCCUUUCACCAAUCGAUUAGUUCAGGAACUACCACCUGUCUGGUCUUAGAUGAGUUCCAGUGGAUACGCCAUCUGAGCAUCGACUUUUCUGAUGCCUCUCCCCAGACGCUGAUGUUCGAAGACCUACAAAGAUACGACGUGGAUCAAAAAGUAGCAGCGUUCGUGGAUCUCAUCGCCACGGGAUGCAUGUCUCUGGAGUCCCUAACUUUACAUAUCAUCGCGACAAGCGGCACCGAUAAACUUCUUCUUCGAAGUUCUCACGACAGUUGCAAGGCACUAGCAAAGCUUGCACCGAGCCUUGAACGUCUGUCGAUCAUCGCACCAACUACGACCAAAUCGAUGCAGACAAUGUGCGAACUAAUCGCACCGCUCCAGGGUUGGAAAAUUGGGAGAUCGCGUCAAUGGCCGCUUCGCUGGCCUCUUCUCACGGUACCUGUUGCGCAGCUCGAAACCAUUCGGGCUGUCACAGACAAGUCCUGCCUUGGAGACUAUGUGACUCGAAGGGAUUGUAUAUGUGUUCAGAUUGCAACGCUGCAGCCUGACGCUACAGCCAUACCCCUCACCCCUCUUCCCGUCCAGCCAUUCAGAUUCAUGGACCUGCCCACAGAAUUGCGACUUCGGGUGUACGAGUACGCCCUCUCCGGGCCCAAGGACGUCACACUCCGCUCCCUCAUGGACCUCCAAGUGCGCAAAAAUCGACACGGACAGCGCGUACGACCAUCAACCGGCCCCAGGAUCCGAAACACCGGCAUGCUUAUGGUAUCGAAGAAGGUGUCUACGGAAGCUCUGCCAGUCUUUUACGACACGAACCAAUUCCACUACACCAUCCUCCCCACCGUGCCCUCAGUCCAAGGUGUCCUUCGCCACUUCAUGACGCAUCUCCACUCCAUGCAGCACGUCAGCAUCGACUACAUGCUGCAUACAUCGGCAUCAGACAUCAGCGAAGUCGACCGGCUCGUAUCCACGCGCGUCCGAUCCGUUAUCGACGGUUGUCCCAACCUGCGGACCUUCACGCUGCAUCUCCUGACCGUUUUCCGGAAACGAAGACUUGCACCGAAGCUUACGGGCCGGCGGCCGGGCGGCGCUGGAGCUUGCGAGACUGGCGGCUCGACUGCGGGAUCCGACGUACUGUUUGAUGUGGAUGAUGAUCAUAACGCACGGCAACCGUCGCGCCCUUAUGGAUCUUGGAAGGGUGAUUGCACCGGGUGA